GCAAGAGUUAUUUACUUGAAAGCGCCACAUUUAACACGUCAUUAAUUUCUACCGGUUUUCCAUUUUGUUUUGGCUACCGUUCUUCAAAGCACGAAGGCGAUCAGUUGUGUAUCAGUUCUUAUCAGGUUCACAUUCACCGACAUGCUGCUAUUUCAAAGAUCGAUCAUUUGCGGACUUGCCUUCGAACCGCGUGGACGCUGUAAAACAAUUUCUGUCUGUUAUCACCUCGGUACUUUCUUGGCUGGCAUUCGAGUGAGGUGAUCAAGUAUUGGCUAGAAUAGAAUUGUAGCUGAAAUGGACGCAUCGGUACGAUGCGUUGCGUUCCGGUUCACGCUGCUUUUGCUGAUUAUGCAAUUUGUUGGCACCGGGCGUCAAGUCUACGGACUAUCGUAUCAUCAGCCUGUCGCAAGUGCAAUUACCACCGGAGAGGUCAACUGUAACGAUUUGUUCACCGUGGACCGCGAAAAUUCCUAUCGAAAGCAAUAUGAGGGCACUCUGCAGUUGAACAGCGACGUCACGCUGCGUGACGUUGAGAUCGAUCUUCGAUUCGAUCGUCAAGUCGACCUGUUAGUGAAUUAUUUUGGUGUCGCUGGCAGUGUUAACAAUCGUGACUUCCGCAUAACGAAAUCUGGUUACAAGCAAUUUGCUCACACGCUGUUGAAGAUCAAACUCGAAGUGAGCUAUUCCACCUCUUCACCGCCACAAUUAGAGGAAGUUCGCCUCAAUGGAGUUGUUGUAUGUCCUGUGAAGUUCGUCAGCAGAUCCGACAUAUCAACGGAACCGACGACCCCCGUGUAUCGCUACCCACCGAAUAGUUGGAGUCUGAACACGAAUCCCGUUCCACUAGUGCGUCCAUCGGCAAUCGGUAACGUACCGUCUUUUCAACCGAUACAGCAACCGGCAGCAGUACCCAGGAAUUUCACCGAUGAGCGAGAAAAUCGUUUCAACUCAACGUGUGCGGCUAUGGGCCAAAACAUUAUCAUUACUCCAGGCCGGUGGGAUGGAGAGCUGACUGUGAACACUGACGUGGCCGUUGACGAUGUGCAGAUUGAGAUAGUGUUCGAUCGCCCAGUGUACGUCCUUGGGAAUCUUUUUGGCGAGGUGCAUACCUUGGACGGUGUUCGUUUCGUGAUAGAAAACAGCACCCUGGCACUGGCUGCCGAUGCCGAGGUAAAGCUCAACUUUUUCGUCAAAUUCAACGAAAAUGGACGCACCCCGGACGUCCAGGAGGUCAACUUCAAUGGACGGGAUUUGUGCCGGCAGCGAGUUCGACGCGUUUCCGUUACCAGCGAAGCUUCUGUAGUAAUUUUCGGUACCAGAAGCACAACAACCGAAAGGACGGCGUUGGAAAGGGUUACUACUUCAAGAGCCGACUCAGAAGAAGAAUACGACGAAGGUGAAUGUGCCACAGUAUAUCCAUCAAGUGAACCCAUCGUUCAGGCUCGAAUCAUCGGUGGAACGAAUGCAAAGUCUGGAGAAAUUCCAUGGCAUGUUGCCAUAUACUAUGACGAUCAAUACCAAUGCGGAGGCAGUAUCAUUUCCAGGAGAAGCAUUUUAACAGCAGCUCAUUGCCUCACCAAGGAGAACAGCAAUGAAACUUUGGAAAUGGAUCUCUUCAAAGUGUAUAUCGGCAUAGUGGAUAUUGGAUUGAUUGACGAUUACUUCUUUCAUACUGCUGAAAAUGCUACGAUCCAUCGAGACUACAAUUCAGCAACCCAAACGACAGACAUUGGUAUCCUCAAACUGAAAAGGGAUAUCAUUUUCAAUAGCUUCAUCAAACCCGUAUGUCUAUACAGAAACACGACGGACAUAAGUGCUUUCUACAAUCGAUAUGGAAAAGUGGCCGGUUGGGGAAUCAACAGGAAUGGUGUUGUUACAAACGUACUAAAUUAUUUGGACAUGCCCGUGGUCUCGCAGAAAAAGUGCUCACAAACGAAUAUCCAGUAUAAUACAGUUCUGGCUUUCGGGGAAUCGUUCUGCGCGGGUCAUGCUGAUGGGAAUUCCGUGUGUAACGGAGAUAGUGGCGGUGGGUUGGUAUUUGUCGAUGACUAUCGGUAUUACUUGCGCGGAAUCGUGUCAAUUAGUGCCCAGAAACGUAACCAGCUCAUGUGCGAUCCGAAUCGUUACUCUGUGUUCACCGAUGUGUCUAAAUUUCUCAAAUGGAUUCGACAAAACAUGGACUAGCUUAAUAAACACUUACAAAAGGAA